ACGUAUACCUGUUCAGAGCUUGCAGUCGCUUGAGUGGUAUUUCAACCGUACCUGUGCUUCUCUCCUGCAAAUAAUGUUUCACAGAAGCGGUUCAAAGCACUUGCUUCUACAGCAACAGCCACAGCAGAAAUGUCCUGAAUUGUGUGUGUAACACAGACCAGGAGCGUGUGAUCAGACACUCGCUGUCAGACUCGUUAAUGGACUUGGAAGGAAACACACACCGCUUCACAGUAAACGUAGGCAAUGGCCGUUUCCCGGUCAGCUCCAUCUGCGCUUCGGGUAGCUUUUUUGCUAAGUAUAUUUUGGAGGAGGUGUGGGAGGAGGGGGAGAUGCUGCUGCUGCAUGUUGAAUGCAAAGCGCUCAGCUGCGAUAGGCUGAGGGGACGUGGAUACGCUGCCUAUGGACGCUGGCAACUGCAUCCUCUGCGCUUUAUAGCUGUCACAGAGGAGGAAAGACAGACAGUGAGAAGGACAGAGGAGAAGGAAAAACCUUACCAACUCGCUGGUUUUUCUGAUAAUAAGUCCUAAACUCUGAUACCCAUGGAUGCUGCAGAGUUCCGCAAGAGAGGGAAGGAGAUGGUGGACUAUAUUGCAGAUUACCUGGAGAAGAUAGAUAAAAGACAGGUCUUCCCAGAUGUGGAACCAGGAUACCUAAGACCCCUCAUUCCAGACUGCGCACCCCAGGAUCCUGAGAGCUUUGAGGAUGUCUUUAAAGAUAUUGAGAAGAUCAUUAUGCCAGGGGUGACUCACUGGCACAGUCCAUACUUUUUUGCCUACUUCCCUGCAGCCUCUUCCUUCCCAGCUCUUCUUGCAGAUAUGUUGUGUGGUGGAAUAGGAUGUGUGGGCUUCUCUUGGGCGGCAAGUCCAGCUUGCACAGAGCUGGAGACUGUCAUGCUGGAUUGGCUAGGGAAGAUGAUUAAUUUGCCUGAAGAGUUUUUAGCUGGCAAGGAUGGCCAAGGUGGAGGAGUCAUUCAGGGAAGUGCAAGCGAGGCCACCCUGAUUUCACUGCUUGCUGCAAGAACAAAAACUAUCAGAUGGUUGCAAUCAGAAAAGCCUGAGCUAACAGAAGCAGACAUCAUGGGCAGGCUGGUGGCCUAUGCUUCCGAUCAGGCUCAUUCAUCAGUGGAAAGGGCUGCAUUAAUUGGUGCUGUGAAGAUUAAAAAAGUUUCUUCAGGUGAUACAUUUAGUGUUUGUGGUUCAGCCCUGAAGAAAGUUUUGGAUGAAGACAAAGCUUCUGGUCUUAUCCCAUUCUUUUUCUGUGCGACACUUGGAACCACACCUUGCUGCUCCUUUGACAAACUGUUAGAACUGGGUCCUAUUUGUAAUAAGGAAAAUAUCUGGAUGCAUAUUGAUGCAGCCUAUGCUGGGAGUGCAUUCAUCUGCCCUGAAUUCAGGCAUCUUUUAAAUGGAGUGGAGUUUGCAGAUUCAUUUAACUUUAAUCCUCACAAAUGGCUCCUAGUGAAUUUUGACUGCUCUGCUAUGUGGGUGAAGAAAAGAUCAGAUUUAACAGGUGCCUUUAAAUUAGAACCUCUUUACCUACAGCAUCACCAUCAGGAGUCUGGCCUUGUAACAGAUUAUCGGCACUGGCAGAUCCCCCUGGGCAGGAGGUUCCGCUCCCUGAAGCUCUGGUUCGUGCUGAGGAUGUAUGGGGUCACGGGGCUGCAGGAGCACAUCCGCAGGCAUGUCAGGCUGUCGCAUCAAUUUGAACAUUUAGUCCUUCAGGAUGGAAGAUUUGAGAUCUGUGCUGAGGUUGUCUUGGGACUAGUCUGUUUUCGGCUGAAGGGCUCAAAUGAACUAAAUAAGGCACUUCUUAAAAGCAUAAAUGAGGCCAAGAAGAUUCAUCUGGUCCCAUGCCACCUGCGAGAGAAGUUUGUGCUACGUUUUGCUAUUUGUUCCCGCACAGUGGAAUCCACCCACAUCAAGUUUGCCUGGCAGCACAUCUCACAGCUGGCAACUGAUCUUCUGAAAACAUGGGAUCAAAACCACCACCAGCAGUAACAGCAGUGAAGUAGCAGUGGGGAGGAGGUAAUUAACUGGCUUGCUCUCUGUUGCCAAGUUUUAUUUUAGGGGCAGGUGGGAAAGUCAAAUUAUGAGGGGAAAAAAGUACAAAACCUGUUGUUACAUAGCCCAGCUGCAGUAGCAAAAUCCUUGCCAGCAAGUUGUGUUGUAACCUUAGUCAUUCCUUCUCUGUACUGUAGUUUCAUCUUGCCUGUAUCCAGGAUGCACAUAGCCAUGGGGACUCGAGCUGUCAUUUCUUACCAGUUUGUAAUCAAGAGCAUUUAUUGAGCCAGGCAGUGGAAAUGGAAAGGUUAGUGCUCCCUCUGUUGUCCCCAUUAACCGCUAGCACACCCACUCCUUUCUUCACAGAUGAAACUGUGAGGUGUUAUAACUAAUUAAUUUAACAUUACUAUGACUUCAGAAAGUAUCCAAGUUGGGAGAAGUUCAGCAACCUGGUUAUAACUCUGUUCAGGUCCUAUCUAAACAGGCAUGCACAAAUGUUGUUGUCAUGAUUUGGGGCACUAUCAUGUCAUGACGCACUUGCUGCAAUAAUUUUGUAAAUGAAGUUAGGACUUCAAGACUUCCUUCAUUACCUAGUCAGAUCAGGGGGGAGUGAGCACUAAAUGAAUGCUGAUGGUCCUUAUGGCAGGUUCUCUACUUUCUCUUAAAGGGUUUGCUUUUAAAACAGCCAUUUUGUCAAAUCUCAGCAAAUGGGUUAUGCUGGCUAUUGGGUUUCACUUUGAUCAUUCAGAAUGAGGCCUCUUAAAAGCUCCUUCUUAAGACUUUUGUCAAAAGCCAUGUGCUACCUGGUAUUCUAUAUUUUUAACCAAGUUAUAAGCAGUGGUUACUUGAAAAUAAUCUGUAAGCUAUGUUCUGUGAAAUAGAGUUGAGAUUUCUUUUUAUGGCUACCAUUCUUCUUACUUCAUUGUGUGAUAAAUCUUUGACAAAAUGUGCUAAGAAAUGUGAUGGCAAAAAUGUUACUCUUCGUUUCUCAAAUUAGCUAACAAGAUAACAAAUUACAAUAAAAAUAGAAAUUAAGAGAACUACCCCCCAAAAUAUGCUGUGGUGCCCCCAUUAGUGGUUUUCUUCCAUUAACAGUGACACAUGGAACAUGAAAAUAUUGGAAAACAAUUAACCUUCAGAGAAAGUCAAAUAAUGUGUACUUGACACAAGCCAUUGAUAUGUCAUCCUGUUGAACGCAGGUACAGUAAAGAGGUGAAAUGAAAGUCAGAAACAAUAUCUGACUUUAAUAAGUACUUCUGCCAUUUUAAAAACAUAAAUUCCAGACAGUUAUUUCUAUGUAAAUAAGAACAAAAUAAAGAGCUACUCCAAGAAAAAUAAUUUGUAGGAUUAAUUUCUACAUUUGCAUUUGUUUUAAUCUUUUCCUUUUACUGCUCAUAUUAACUUCUACAGCAUCUUGAACAGCUUGCACAAUUAUUCAGCUUUCUUCCUCCAUCCCUUGCACGUAUAAUUCCUACAUUUGGGAAGUAGCAAGUAGACUAUGAAACAUGCACCGGGAAAGUUAAUUUGGCAAACAGUCUGCUCCUACCCACCAUCUUCCCAGAAGGGAUUAAAGAAGUUGACUAUGGACCAGGUGGAUUUUUCUGGUGAUUCUGGUGAUUCCUUACACCUCACUGCUGUGGUGCAAACUGGGGAAGGAUUAGUAUGAAUGUGUGUGCAAGUGCUACGUAAGAGGUGUGCAUGAAUCCUGAUGCUUAGGAAGAACUGACCAAGCUCUGCAUUUCCAGCAGGUCGAGCCACGCAACUAGGGGAGGCGAUGGCAUACCGCCCUUCUGUAAGGCUAGCCUGGAGCUAUGUUAUCCACCCAGAUGGAAAAGCUGAUUACUAUUUCUUUAAGGAAUUGGUUUCACAUGUAACAGAUGAAGCAAGGGGUGACAAAUUAAUCUGGCAAAACCAAGUAAUAUUCUGGCAAAACCAAGUAAUAUUCAAGCAGGUGACUGAGCCAUUCCACAAGAUACUAUUCUCAGCCACAGUAUCAGAAAUUUUGAUAGCAUCAUUCUCUUUAGCAGAACCAAUGUGAAAUUAAGGUUUUCUGUAGUAGCACAAUGCAGUAGAUUGGUAGACUGAAGAGAGUGGAAAAUGCUGGCAGUUGUUUCCUUUCUCUGUUAUUAGUUUUUUUAAAACAUUAUUCAGUUUUCAUGGCUUGGGAAACAAUGUUCAUCCAUAGCACAUAUGGUCCACACUGAUACCAUUUUACAAAUUUACAUUAUGAAAACACUAGAAUCUAGGAGCCAGAGAAGAAUUACACCUUCUCUGUGAGACAGACCAGUAUUUUGUAUGUGAAAUAUAUAACCAAGUCUGUCCA